AUGCCCGCGGUCGCGCGCGGCGAGCGGGGCGCGGCGACGUCGACGCGGACGGAUGACGUCCCCGCGGGGUCUCGCGACGCGCUCGUCGCGCACGUCGACGGCGCGCUCACAAAGCUCGGGCUCGAGCGAUUGAGCGCGAGCGAACGGGCGUCGAGUGAUUUCGCGCCCAAGCGACCGAUGCCGGAGCGCGACGCGAAGCGACCGGGACACGACGCGUGGACGUCGAGCGGGCCGACGCGCGGGGCGCGGCGACGCGGCGUCGAGCCGGCGACGCUCGCGAGAGCGAUCGUGGACGAUAUCGAGGGGGCGUCGGACGUCUUCGCGACCGCCAAGGUGAUAUCGAACGGGGCGAACGCGUGUAAGGUGAUUUUGACGACGAAAUCGAGGGUCGAGGCGAUGCGCGAACUCGGGUUGCGACAAUGCCCGGGGUGCUUCAAGUUUUUCGCCCUGCACGGCGGUGGGUUGCGGAAUCACUGGCUCGAAUCGAGCGAGUGCGAGUACGUCAUGAGUAGUGGUCACCCCGAGAACGCGUCGGACGAGGAGGAUGAUUCCUCCGUGUCCGACCACUCGUGGCGAGGAACGAGCGGGUUGUCGAAACCGCCCGGAUGGACUUCGCAUCGAAGGACUCGACGAUCGCAAGGUCCGCCCGUGAUUCCUCCGGACGUGCACCCGGACUCUGUCACGGAUGUCCAUGGGUCCACAGCUUUAAUGUGGGCCGCGGGUUCGGGGAAAAUCUCCGUCAUGGACUACUUAGUGAAUGAACGCGGAGCCGACGUCUCGCACGUUGGCGCGAGGAAGGAUGGUCGAACGCCCUUGCACUGGGCCGCUCGAAACGGACGAUUGGAGGCGUGCGAGUGGUUGUUAGAGCGCGAUCCAAAAUUAGCGAAUACACCCUCGUUCGACGGCGAUUACCCGUUCCACUUGGCGGUGUGGAAGACGCGACACGCGUGCGCUUCGUUUCUCGCCGAGCGCGCGAGUGGGUCUACUUCGGCGCGAAAUCGGUGGGGUUGUAACGCCGUGCUCUGGGCGUGCACCGCGGACGUCGGGAACGACGACCAGAGUCGCAGAGACGUCUUACGCAUGGUUCGAUGGUUGGUCGAAGAUUUAGACGUUCCGUUCGACGUGGUAAACGUAAACGGGCACUCGGCGCUACACAAGUGCGCCAUCUAUGGCCACGCUAACGUGGUUGAUUACUUGUUGGGAAAACUUCGUUGUGUUGAUGUUGUUGUUGAUGAUAGUUGUAGUAGCGGUGAUGAUGGUGAUGAUUUGAAGAAGAAAUCGAUUGAAAAGAUGAUUUUACAGGACGAUAGGAGGCAGGCGCCGAGCGAUUUAGCUCGCGUCAACGGAUUCCUCGAGCUCUCCGCAGCGCUUCGCGCGAUCGAGGAUCAAGCCUUACGUCUUCCGGUCGUUUUUGGAGGUGUUAAAUCUAAGUGUGAUAUUGAAAACUAG